UCCAAUUGUGUCUUCAUCCAUCAUUCCCUCUGCUUUCUUUUAUCCUCAUGGCUCCAAUUGCAAGAACUCUCGAAAUCACAGUGAUCUCAGCCGAAGAUCUCCGCCGUCAUCGGAAACCGAUUAAGAAGAACUCAUUCGCUUCCGUCAAAAUCGACUCUCAGAAUAUCGCCGCCACUCAAAUCGACGACAGAGGCGGUAGCUAUCCUUUCUGGAACGACAAAAUGGCGUUGAAAUUGCCGUCGAAUGUAAGUUUCAUGACUGUAGAUGUACAUUCUGGAAAUUUCUCGAGGAAUAAGAUCGUCGGAACUGUGAAUAUUCCGGUAUCGGACUUUUUAAGCGACUUCUUGCCGGAAAGUUAUCUGCAUUUUUUGAGUUACCGAUUGAGAGAUGAUAGAGGUGAAAGGAAUGGGAUUGUUAAUAUUUCUGUGAGAGUUUUGGUGCCUGAUCAUGUUGCUGCCUCCACUUCACAAUCGCAAAAUGUUAAGGUUCUGGCGGAGAAAACUAAUUUCGGCGGCAGUGCAGGCGGCGGUGUUGCGAUCGGAAUCCCUAUUUGGAGUGGUGGUCGUAUUUGAUAGAAUGCGCGCGUACGUUUAGAUUUAGCUCAGCUGCCAUUGAUUUUUUUCCCCUUUUUUAAACCAUUCGGUAAAUUCCAAUUAAAUGAAAAUACGCGUGCAAUUAAUUUUAUUUUUUUACGAAAUAUCCCAAAAAUGACAAUUUAAAAUGUAAUUGUAAGUAUGGUAUAACAAAAUGUC